GCGAAACCCCGUAGGACUCAACUGUCUUUUUAGUGAUGUAACCUCGUCGGUGCUCUUGUCAUAAAUCAUAAUAGCGUUUUCGGACGGGAAGCGGGUUUGAUCGUUCCCCCGGAGCGACUGAUAACGUCGCACGCUCUCCUCGUCCAAUCAGAAAUCUAAAAUAGAGCGCAUGUGACGUUAUUAAUCGGCAUGCUCUCGUCGGGGCGAUCAAACCCGCUCCGUCCGAAAACGCUGUAAGGGCGAGAAAAAAGGAGAGUUGUCGAUCAUCGUGAAGCAACACAGCUCAUAUAUCAAAUAGGAAAAAAAAAUGACGUAAAUGUCUGUAAGAAGCCCUCGUGAUCGAGAAUUCGAACACGACGACGACGAGAGAGGGAUCUGGAAAGUGAGAAGGAGAGAGUGAAACAUGGCAGAGAAAAUAUACUACCCCAAUCCGGAGUUUGCAAGGGAGGCGCACUGCGCUAGCAUGGAACAAUACAAGCGAAUGCACGAAAAAUCUAUAAAGGAGCCGGAGCAGUUCUGGGGUGAAAUUGCCAAACAAUUUUAUUGGGAAACGCCAACGACGGAUGACAAGUUUUUCUCGUACAAUUUCGAUCUGAGCAAAGGUGACAUUUUCAUUAAGUGGAUGGAGGGAGCAUCGACAAAUAUAAGCUUCAAUCUACUCGAUAAAAAUGUGAAGAGCGGAAAUGGUGAUAAAAUUGCGUUUUACUGGGAAGGAAACGAUCCGGAAGAUUAUUCGCGACUGACGUAUAGAAAGUUGCUCGAGGAGACGUGCAGGUUUGCGAAUGUUCUCAAGUCGAAGGGUGUCUCCGUGGGGGACAAGGUGGUGAUUUAUAUGCCGAUGGUCUUGGAGCUACCGAUCGCCAUGCUGGCUUGUACGAGGAUAGGGGCGGUUCACAGUGUGGUGUUCGCAGGAUAUUCGUCUGAUUCAUUGGCGGAACGUAUCCUCGAUUCCAAGGCCAAAGUUCUGAUCACUGCAGACGGCGUGUGGAGAGGUGAGAAAUUGCUUCUGUUGAAAAAUAUCUGCGACGAAGCUGCGGAUAAAGUUAAGAAGCAUGACCAUCAACUCGAAAGCUGCAUCGUCGUCGCGCAUCUGAGAAGACUCAACAAUCCUCAGGGUAAGAAGGGAGUGAACGGCACUAGUAACGGUACGGUCGUGGAUAUGGCCAACAUUUCCUGGGACGACGAUCGGGAUGUUUGGUGGCACGACGAGAUGGAGGACGCGGAAGCGAGCUGUUAUCCAGUUUGGAUGGCCGCCGAGGAUCCACUUUUUAUCCUUUACACAAGCGGCUCUACUGGCAAACCAAAGGGCGUUCUCCACACCACCGCGGGAUAUUUAAUCUACGCGGCAACAACUUUCAAAUAUGUUUUCGACUAUCAUCCCGGUGACGUUUAUUGGUGUACCGCCGAUUGUGGUUGGAUCACAGGACAUACUUAUGUAGUUUACGGCCCGUUAGCGAAUGGCGCAACAUCCGUCAUAUUCGAGGGUACACCUUUCUAUCCGGAAAAUGAUCGAUAUUGGUCCAUCAUCGAUAAGUACAAGGUCACGCAAUUUUACACGGCGCCGACGGCCAUCAGGUCGUUAAUGAAGUUUGGUGAUGAACUUGUGAAGAGGCACAGCUUAUCCACGCUCAAAGUUCUCGGUUCAGUCGGCGAACCGAUCAAUACCGAGGCUUGGCUCUGGUUUUAUAAUCUCGUUGGCCACGGCAAGUGCAGUAUAGCGGACACUUUUUGGCAAACGGAAACUGGCGGUCAUGUAAUUACACCGCUGCCAGGUGCCACGCCUAUGAAACCGGGUUCCGCGACAUUUCCUUUCUUCGGGGUUUUGCCGGAGCUUCUUGACGAGGAUGGUCGCGUGAUUGAGGGCGAAGGAGAGGGGUACCUCGUAUUCCGUCGACCGUGGCCAGGGAUGAUGCGGACCCUCUACGGAAAUCAUCAACGUUUUCAAAAUACGUACUUUGAUCGAUUUAAUGGAUUUUACUGUACGGGAGACGGAGCGAGACGCGAUGCAGAUGGAUAUCUAUGGGUAACCGGCCGUAUUGAUGAUAUGUUGAACGUUUCCGGUCAUCUAAUGUCAACGGCUGAAGUGGAGAGUGUAUUGGCGGAACAUUCCUCGGUAACCGAGGCUGCGGUAGUCAGCAAAUCGCAUCCUGUUAAGGGUCAAUGUCUAUAUUGUUUCAUUACUCCGACCGUGGGGAUGGCAUUCGACGAAAAAUUGCAGGUCGAGCUUAAAAAGAAAGUACGCGAAAGGAUUGGUCCGUUUGCGCAACCAGACGUCAUCCAGCAUGCUCCGGCUUUACCGAAAACAAGAUCCGGCAAGAUUAUGAGACGUAUGUUGAGAAAAAUCGCAGCGGGCGACAGGAAUAUUGGAGACACGUCAACGUUAGCUGACGAAACUGUUAUUCAACUUCUAUUUGAAUUAAGGCCAUGCGUUUAAGAUACGUAUUUCUUGCUUAGGAAAUUGAAAGUAAAGUCUUGAAUGAGAGAAUUUUUCGCAUCGAUCAUUUGGUGAAUGUCGAAAACAUAAUCGCACGUUUUCCAAAUAAUUUUAUAAAAAUAAAAGUAAUAGAUUGCACAUUGAAACAGAUAUAUAUAUGUAUUCGCACGAUAUCAGAGACACGUACUGUUCAAAAUCUUAACGUAUAUUCAGUAAUUAAUUUGACAAUUACGAAACGUACAAAAUGUAUAAAACGAAAUAUUAUUGUCCUUUUGUCGAUCGAAUCAACCUGAUAUCGUCAUUCAAUUUUCAAGUGAGUCAAAAUGAAAGUUAUUCUUUGGAUAUGUCCUUUUUUUAUUUUCUACAGUUCCUCUCGAGAUUAAAAGAGACAUAUCGAAGGAAUAGAUUGUUGAUAUGAUUAAUUAAUUGGUCAUCCUCCUCAAGAGAGGAGUUGCUGUGACUGCGAUACAUAUCUUACGUAGGCAUCGCCAGUGAUUGAGUAGCCUAAGCGUGCUUUUGUUUAAGGCCAAAAUUAAGUUUGAAAUUACGCAAGGGAGAAAACGCUCAAUAAAUUAAUUGUAAUAAACAGCACAAUAGCAGAACGUUGAAUUGGUUGCACAACAAUUACUAACGAACUUAUUUAAUGGACGAAUGUAGUACGUAGUUGGAUGAUGCGUACGCGUUAUUAUCAAUGCAUCAUUACUGUAAUAUGAAAAAAAGAAAUUUUG